AUGAUUUCGAUGCAAAUAGGCAGCAAGUCCAUCGUUUUUCGAGUCCGAGGAUCCUUCUCACGCGCCGACCUACCCACUGUGCUGCAAAAAUGCCUUGGAGACGAUUACCAUCCUUCUAUCGAGUCUUUCGCCCGUCAAGCCGAUGAGAAUUUGAAUAUUGCCACUGUGACCUUCGGUACAACUCCUUCGGGGCUCCUAAGCUCUGACCAAACGACAUUUAAUGAACAAAAUGUCACUUUUGACACUCAUUUUCGUGGCCUCAGCGUUCUUUACAGUCCAGAACCAACCCAACAUCGUUUCGACAUUAUUGCUAUUUGUGGAUUGGGUGGGCAUGCUUUUGGGUCUUUCAAGGAGCGAGAUGGCACGCACAUGUGGCUUCGUGACUCCCUCCCACAAGACGUCAAGAACGCUCGGAUUUUCAUAUAUGGUUACGACUCACAGAUUCACGGUAGCACUUCGUUCCAGACCAUCGAGAGCCUUGCUAGUUCACUGAGGAAUCAUGUUGAAGGCACCAAGUCUCUUGCCGGUCCGUUACACGAGAUGCCUAUCAUCUUCAUGGCACAUAGUCUAGGGGGAUUGGUCCUCAAGCAGGCAUUGAUUCAAAGUGUCAAGGCAAAAAGCAAAUUAUCCACACGUACACGAGGAGCACUUUUCUUUGGCGUCCCAAAUCAAGGCAUGCACAUUUCUUCCUUGAUUCCCAUGGCUGCAGGCCAGGCGAAUGAAGCAUUCUUGCAUAAUUUACAGCCAGAGUCGGAACUUCUACGAUCUCAGAGCAGGGAAUUUCCGGGAGCUUUUGUAUCACGCGCAGCACGGAUUUUCUGCUUCUAUGAAACCAAGACCUCGCCCACAGCCGUAAGAGGUGCGGAUGGCAAAUGGCAAAUGAACGGCGAACAUGUCGUUUUUGUUGGCAGUGCAUCCGCGACACACUGUCGCCCGUGGGAAAACGAAGCCCACCACGUUUUGGGCCUCGAUCGAGAUCAUUCCGCACUUGUAAAAUUCAGGUCAAGAGAUCAGGACUAUACCAAAGUUCGAAAUAUUCUACAAGAAAUCGUCAAUGAUCAAUACAAGCUCCCAACGCCGAAACCAAACAUUCCAGAAGCAGAACAGGAACUAACCGAUCAGUGUCUGAAAGUCAUUGGACAUACGAAUCCAAUUGAUACAAUGCGGCGCAUCGAAAUAACAAAAGACGAUCUUGUCGCUGAAUGUAAUGAAUGGAUCAAAAGUGAUCCCUGCCUCGAACAAUGGAUGAACGACCCACAACAUCGAUUGCUGUGGCUGAGUGGCGAUCCAGGAAAGGGCAAGACAAUGUUAAUGAUGUCGCUUGUACAAGAAUUGCGAAAGUCUAGCAGCGAACACCAUAUUCUUGCCUUCUUCUUCUGCCAGAACACCGAUCCUAGACUCAAUAAUGCUCAUGCGGUUCUCUGCGGUCUUCUCUGGCUCCUGGUUCGCGAGAAUCCCAUGCUUGGCCGUUACCUCCAUGAAGAUUACAAACAGCAAAAAGAUUUUCUCGACGGCCCUGACGCUUUUGCCUCCCUUCGCCGCAUCAUGACGGAAUUGCUUCAAGACCCGGCAUUUUCUACGGUGUACAUCCUCAUUGAUGCCUUGGAUGAAUGUGACCAAGGACGCGGUGAUCUGCUCAAAUUCAUUGGAGAAAAUGCAACCUCUCCACAAUCCAAGGCAAAAUGGCUCGUUUCAAGUCGCAAUCAUCUAGAUAUCGAGAGGGGAUUCAAGGUGCGCCAGCACGAUGUGCUUAGUUUGGAACUCAACGCUGCACACAUUGCUGCGGCCGUCAGAUAUUUCAUCGACCGAAAAGUGGACUGGCUGGCGAAGAGAAACAAUUACAGCAAUAAACUUCGUGACCUUGUCCAGAGUCACUUGACAGAUAAUGCCAACUCAACGUUUUUGUGGGUAGCUUUGGCCUGCAAACAUCUCAGCGACACCGCGAAAAGGAACAUACCUGCAGAGCUUGCAGAACUGCCAGCCGGAUUGUCGUCUUUGUACACCCGCAUGCUGGAACAGCUUCGUAAUGGAAAGGACCAUGAAUUAACGAUGUCAAUCAUCAAAUUCGUCACAAUCGCCAAGCGCCCCCUUUUGACCGAAGAACUUCUUCCUCUUCUUGCCCAAGAAGUAUCGGCAAACUCCGACGAACCCUUCGAGGAUCUAUUUGACAAUGGUGAUCUCUUAGACUUGAUAAAGUUAUGCGGCUCCUUCAUUACUGUUCGAGGCGGUGUAAUCUACCUGAUUCAUCAGUCUGUCAAGGACUACCUUGUUCGUGAAGAAGGCACAAAAAUCUUUAGUCCUCGGAUGAACGAGGAGCAUUGCACAGUUGUUGAUCGAUCGUUGACAAUUCUGUCGGAAGAGUUGAUGAAAGACACAUACGCACAUGAUAAUGCUUGCCAGCCAGCUAGCAACAAUCGCCAACGUUUGAGAAGUCUUGGCUACAUAUCUUGCUUUUGGGUUGACCACCUCGCCGAGUACCAGGAUUCAUGCAGCAUUGGCGAAGAAGAGAAUUUCCAUCGCCAUGAGAGUAAAGUCUAUGAUUUCAUGCUCCAAUACUUUUUAAAAUGGAUAGUAUUGCUCUGUUUACUUAGGCAGCUCAAAGCUGGACCUGUAACACUCGGGCGUCUAGAAGCGGUAGCAAAGCGAUGUACUGGCGACAAGCUUUACUCAAUCACCCACGAUGCCGCUCGAUUCCUUAUGCAAUCUUAUCUAGCCAUUGAGCAAGACCCUUUGCAGGUAUACAACUUUGGAUUGACCUUUGCACCCCAAGAAAGCGUUAUUCGACAAGCCUAUGCGGGUCAAACACCCAAUUGGGCCUAUGUGAGGAUUCAUGGAAACUGGAAUCCAAUACAGCAUAUUCUUUCUGGCCGCUCAGUCAACUCAAUAGCCUUCAGUCCAGACGGCCGACAGUUAGCAUCAGCUUCGGCGGACAGGACAGUACGGCUUUGGGACACUGUAACAGGAAAGCAUUUGAAGACACUCGAAAGACAUGAAAUGGCCGUCCAAUCGGUGCUUUUUAGCCCAGAUGGUCGACAAAUAGCAACAGCAUCGUUUGGUGACACAAUAAAACUCUGGGACGCCUUAACUGGUGACAACCUCUGGACGCUUCAAAGACACACUGAUUUCAUCCUUUUGAUUGCUUUCAACCCUAAUGGAAAGUGGCUAUUGUCAAUAUCGGGACCAAAUGAUGAGAGGAAUCUCUGGGACACCGUGACCGGCAGAAAUAUACGGACACUCGGUGGCCGAGGGGGGAUUGAAGGAGUGGCGUUGAGUCGGGAUGGUAGGAAAUUGGUGAUAGGGUCACUAGAUCGAACCGUUCGACUGUGGGAGAUCGACGCGGAAGAGCCCUCUGGUGUGCUUUAUAGCCACAGUAGAAAGGUCAAGUCAAUAGUAACCAGUCCUAGCGGCGAGUAUCUUGCAUCGUCUGACGACGACGGUGCGAUCGGGCUUUGGAACAUGUCAACACGGAAGCUCUCAUGGCUUGAAGUUCAGAAUGGAGGGAGCAAUCGUAUCACAUUCAGCCCAGAUGGUCGACAAUUGGCGUCAUGUUCGAAGGUUGAUCGGAUGACGCGACUUUGGGAUACUGCAACCGGCGAGUGUAUACAGACUAUCAAAAGUAACCGCCAAAUGCCUGACAUAUCUUUCAGCCCGGAUGGCCGGCAGCUUGCAUUACUAUCUGGGGAUAAUAUUGUCGAAUUGCGGGAUUCAUCAACCUUGGAACUCCAACAAACACUCAUUUCGAACCAGCGAUACUCUAGCCAUUUCGUCUUUAGCCCUGAUGGUAGGCAGUUGGCGUUGGUCUCAUCUUUUGCUACGAUAGAGCUUUGGGACGUUGCGAAGAACGAAAAUUUGCAAAUACACGGAAAACGCACGGAUGCAGCCUGCUCAAUCAUUUUCAGUUCAGAUGGUCAACUGAUGGCAUCAGGAUCAGAAGAUGGUUCAGUACGACUUUGGAAUGCCACGACAGGUCAUAUAGACCCUGUCAAAGCCAUCGUUUUUCGCGCCGAUGGUAAACAACUAGCGUCAGGAUCAGAAUAUGAAGUGCUACUUUGGGACACUGAAACAUGGGAAAUUGAACGGAAGUUCGAUCGCAGAACUGGCUGGAGUGGAGGUUCAAUUGUCUUUAGCCCGGACGGUCAGAGGCUUGCGUUCAGCGUCAAAGAUGACGAAGUGGAACUUUGGAAUGUUGCAACGGAUGAACUAUUGCAAAGGUUUCAGACUCACGAAAGUGUGGAUGGGACUAUCAGCUUCUCUGCGGAUGGACAGCAGCUGGCCGUGGCUUGCAAUGAUCGACGCUGGAGGAAGGACAUGAGCCCGCCUCAAUUCUGGGAUAUCGCAUCAGGCGAGGUUUUACGAACGCGCGUAAGCGAAGACCUCGUAACUGGCCCAAUAUCCUUCAGUUCAAACGGCCAGUAUCUAGCGUCAUCAUUACGCGAUGGAGAUGUAUUGCUUUGCGAUGCGAAAAAAGGUGACACUUUAUAUAAGCUUGAAGGUCACAAAAGCUGGGUUACGUCGUUGGCGUUUAGUCCUGAUGCUCAACAUCUGGCAACAGGGUCAGAGGACCAUAUGAUAUACCUGUGGCAUACAGCGACAGGCAAAGUUCUGAUGACACUCAGGGGUCACGAAGGCCAAGUAGACUUUCUAGGCUUUAGUACAGACGGAGAACGGCUAGUAUCAGCGUCAUACAAGGACCUGACUACCUGGCUCAAAUCCAUUUGUCUCUGGAACCUCAAAACCGGGCAGGCUAUAUGGGGUGACGAGGGCCAUUCCCUUCCAAUAAGGUCACUUGCUUUUAGUCCAGAUGAUCGACAGCUGGCAUCAGCGUCAGAGGACAGGACAGUACGGCUUUGGGACACAUCAACGAGAAAGUCAUUGCAAAGGCUCAAAGGGCAUACCGACAAGGUCUAUUCAGUCGCUUUCAAUUCAGACGGACGGCAGCUAGCAUCUGGAUCAAAGGACGGCACAGUCCGGCUCUGGGAUACUUCGAAUGGUACGAAUCUGCAAACGCUUAGGCAGGAUGCAGCCUCGAUUGAACUGGUGGCCUUCAGUCCAGAAGAUCAGCGAGUAGUAUCGUGGUCGGGUGAUCGCACAGUACGCUUCUGGGAUCCAGCAAGUGAUGACAAACCCCAAGUGUUGAUCAACAAAAGCGCAUUGGAAUUUAGGCAUUUGGUGCUGAACGGUCUUGAUCAUCUUGAGGUGGGUUUUUCCUACAAUGAAGAUUCCAACUGGCUUUGUUUCAACGGCUGCCGACUUAUUUGGCUUCCCCCUGAUUUUCGUCCAAGAGUGUCAGCAGUCCAUGGGAAUCGCAUUGCAGUAGGUUGCUCGUCUGAUCUCGUCUACAUUCUGAGGCUUGAUGCAGAUAGGCUUCCAACUACUAGGAACAUAGAGUGA